CGGUACGAAUCCAACUUAGUUCAGUUUAGUCCACCGGUCAGUGUGCAGAUUACAUCAUAAACCAAAGUUCAACACACAAAAAAUAUGUCGCUAGAUCAGAAAUUCACCGAAGCAGCCGAUAAGGUUAAGACCUUCACGAAACGACCCUCGGAUCAGGAACUGCUAGAGCUGUACGCCCUUUUCAAGCAAGCCACCGUCGGUGACAACAACACUGACAAACCGGGUCUGUUGGAUCUGAAAGGAAAAGCCAAAUGGCAGGCGUGGCUCGACCGGAAGGGAACCUCGCAGGAUGCCGCCAAGGAAGCCUACAUCAAACUGGUGGAGGAACUAACGGCGAAGUAUAUGUGAGGGGUGUAGGAAGCGUGGUUACCAAAUCAACGGGGCACGUACAUCCUUUUGUCAUUUAAGAGGAUUGAUGGUCGAAAAUCGGGUUUUAGGGUGGAACAUUGCCUAACGUGCCUGACCUGACAAAGAAUUAUAGUAAUUUUCAGUGAUCCGUGGAAUAACUUAUGUUAAAUUGUGGAGCUUUAAAAUGUUUUAAAUGUAAAUAAAGUGGUAAAUUGAAACCUUUUGGU